CUCCACUGGCUUGAAGUAUCAUGGUACUGUUAUAAGUGCUUCCUCUGAGAACCAACUUUAGAUAAGACAAUUCUAGGAAACAGUCUACAUCCACAUCAACAUCAUGCCUGAAGAAUCCAACCCCCAACACAAGCACAGCUUCAUGGACCGCUUGUUCCACCAUGAUCACCAUGAGAAGCAGAACGAAUCUCAAGACCAUGAAGACCACGCCGAACAGCCUGAACCUCAACAUAAACAAUCAGAAAUGGACAAGUUCAAGGAUUACAUCGAUCAGGAUGAAGAGAUAGAGAGAGAAGGGGAUCACUAUGGUGGACUGAUGUAAUAUAUAUACCUGGGAGAAUUAUUGAUGGGCGGUAUGUCCCUUUUAUUCCCGACGUUCAUGACGUCCAUGUACAAGUCAUCAUCUAUCUGUAUGUAUCCGGUUUAUGUAUAUCGUCUAGUGUAUGUAAGGCAAAUCAAGUAACGUGCUCCUUCUCCUCUUCCUUUGGAAUACGUACCCAGACCACCGUGAUCAACGCGGCAAGUAGCUGGCAUCCCAGC